CUUUCAUGAUCGCAUUGCUGCUCUUGCUAGUCGCUAGUCACAUGGGCAAGAAGAGUCGACGGCAACGACCGAAUGCGGGGAAACCUCCGCCAAUCAAGGGGAGUGACGCUGCAACAUCCCAUGCUGUGGACACGCAGCAUCUCAAGCUGGACCCGCGCGGUGACGGGAUGUACAGCGGCACUUUUCGGUGGCUCGAGUCCAAGGUAUUCCCACAGCUUCCACCUUUCCCGUCACACUCCGUGGACUUGUCCGCUGGUUGGAGGGAGUUCCUGGCCUCUAGAAGCUCCACUAUAGAUAAUGUGGACCUAGUGGCCACCGCUAUGCACGACCCAUCGAUGCUGGACGCGCUGAGCUUCCCGAUUACACUGCUGCAUGUGACGCAGAUGCUACAUCUCUGCACAGGCCCGGAGCUGCGUGUGCUGGUGGUUGGGGCCUCACAGAAGGCGGAACAGCGCGUCUGGCGCAUCACCAACUACUGGAACGAUGCCGCUGCCUUCUAUGCUAAAACUAAAGUCACGCUGCUCUUCAUCGGUCCUGAAGUCGAUGAGCGAGAUGUCAAAGUCAAGGAAGGUCAACCCGGGAACCUCGUCGUUCACCACUUUAGAGGGACUUUCGGAGACUUUCAGGACUCUCAACUCUUCAGUGACUGCACGCCCGAGACGUCGGUCAUCGUGGGCUACAACACUGGCUUCGGCAACUUCGUGGACUCACACAGACACGAGCUGCUCUUCAGCUGGUUGCCAGAUCUUCAUCGCAUCGCGGAAUCACGAAUCCCAGCUAUCUUCACGUGUGCUAAUGACUACGCAGACAUGAACGGAGAGUUCGCAGUGCAGUCACGUAUCGUUGGUGCGGAGAUGCUGCUGCUACCCAAGCAGAAUCCUUUCAGUGCUGCCUCGCACUUCCACGAAGAAGAAAAGCGAGAUACAGCCUGGUCUCGCGGAAGCAGCUUCAUGUAUGUUGUAUGUGGAGUCGAUAAGACACGGCAAUUCGAUGUGGACAGUGGUGACGUGGGGGCUCUGCAGAAGCGACUGGAUGCAGAGCUGGAUAUCCAUCUGAAAGACAAACUAGGUCGCCAUUUCUACAAGGGUAUGGUGCUGACAAAAGAUCAGGCUGCAAGGUGCAAAGCCCUCACCGGAAAACAGACUCUAACAGAGAAAACUGUUCCGCAAAGUGAUACACUUCUACUGGAAACACCCCGAUUUGAGUUGAUGCCAGGACAGAGGGAAAACGAGAUCAUUGCAGCCAUUUUCGUUCCCAAGAUUAAGUCAGCCUCGGAGCAAAUUGCUGUGGAUCUCACCGACUCUGUGUUAACUGUAUUGGUACCUGGGAAGUACCUGCUGAAGACUAAGUUACCUUUCCAAGUUGAUCAAGCUGCUGGAUCGUUGCAAGCAGUGCUGACACUCCCUAUUCUUCGUGUUUCGUUUCGUAAAAAAUAAUGUUUGAAGUACCUAAGCUGACUAGUUAGCCUUUGCGUGCAG